AUGUCAACAACUAGUUGCAGUGACUCACCCGACUCAGAUCCAUGCCGUGAUGAUAAAACCGCUCUCAUCCUUAAAUUUGUGGCCAUUGCCGCCAUUCUUCUUGCCGGAAUCAUUGGAGUUGCCAUCCCGUUGGUUGGCAAGAAMUGGCGGUUCCUCAGAACCGAUUCCAAUCUAUUCUUUGCCACUAAGGCCUUUGCAGCGGGUGUCAUCCUUGCCACCGGAUUCGUGCACAUGCUACCAGAUGCAACCGAGGCAUUAACGAACCCGUGUCUGCCCGAAACCCCUUGGUCCCAGUUCCCAUUUGCAGGUUUCAUCGCAAUGAUGGCGGCUUUGGUCACAUUGCUCGCUGAUUUUGUUAGCACUCAGUACUAUGAGAGUAAACAACAAGUGAAGCAAAUCCAAGAUGUUCGAGUGGACUCGGUUGAUUCUGGUUCAGAAUUUUUGAUAGGUCCAAUGGCGGUAGAUGAGAAGGUGUUUGGGGAAGAAGGUGGUGGUGGGAUUCACAUUGUGGGGAUGCAUGCUCAUGUUGCACACCAUAGUCACAGCCACAAACAAGCAAGUGAGCAUUUGGAAGGGCAUUCACACGCGCACGGUUCCAGUGAUGACGAUGAGGGCAGUGUUCGGCAUAUCGUUGUCUCACAGGUGUUGGAACUUGGAAUCGUAUCACAUUCAAUCAUGAUCGGACUUUCACUAGGCGUUUCACAAAGCCCGUGUACGAUUAGRCCGUUGCUUGGAGCAUUAUCAUUCCAUCAGUUCUUUGAAGGGUUUGCGUUAGGCGGGUGCAUCUCCGAGGCUAAACUUGGGGCCCUUCAUUCGAGCGUAAUGGCAUGUUUAUUUGCAGUAACGGCUCCUCUAGGUGUGGCUAUAGGGAYCGUUAUCUGCUCGUUUUACAACCCGAAUAGCCCCAGAGCUUUGGUUAUUGAAGGGAUAUUGGAUUCCAUAUCUGCAGGGAUUUUAGUUUAUAUGGCUUUGRUUGACCUAAUUGYUGMUGAUUUCAUGAGCAAGAAGAUGAGAUGCAAUCCUAGGCUUCAAAUGGUGUCCUAUUUUGCACUGUUUCUUGGGGCUGGAUUAAUGGCACUUAUUGCAGUUUGGUCAUGAUAUAUCAUUUAUUCUGAAAUGAUGUCGCUUGGUGGAAUAUUCUUUAAACUUAUAGGUCCCAUAACUAUUAUGGGAAGAUAAAUCAUAUGUUUUGUAACAUUGUGUCAUUAUAUAUUAUGUACUU